AUGGAGGAUCUGCUAACACAACUGAUGAAAGAUGCCUCAUCUCAAAAGCAUGCAGGAAUCAGGAAAGCUUCUCAAACAGCUCUAGACUUACUUGAGAACCCUACCUUGAUUACACAGACUCCAGCGUAUGUUCUAAGAGAAAAGUGCUUAGAACCGUUGCAACUGGCAUUAGAAUCUAAAACAAAGAAAUUAGCCACAUACGCUGUUGGGGGAAUACAGCAAAUACUGAAGGAUGAGAAAUUCCAGUCAAGUAUGGAGAGUGACAAGGAGGAACACUGGCUGCCUAUCCAGAUACUUAACACUGUGUUCAGCACUCCUUCCCUACCAGAGGACACACAGGUGGAAAUCAUGAAGUUGCUCCUGAAGAUGACGUUUUCCACAGCUUGGUGUAUGAAUGCAGGUGUGAUCACUAAAGUUUCUCAGGUCUACAUAGAUACCUACAUCGCUAGCACACACAGUGUGCGGGGGGCAGUGAAAGCUGCCCUCACACAACUGUUGAGCUGUUUUACAGAAAAGCUCCAACAGGGGCACAGUGAUCAGGGGACCAAAGAUAGAAAUGAUGUGCUUGCUGACUUCAUGGCUAAAGACACACCAAGCUGUGAAAGUCUGUUUAAAGACGUGGUGGCCAUUCUCAAAUUCUUCACGGCUAAGCUGGAGCAAGCACCAAGCUCCAAUCAGACUCGCCAGUCUAUACCUCUCCUCCUGGAGGGAGUGUAUACUGUUAUAUCCAACUCACCUGUCUCCAUCACAGAAUACAAGCCUUUCCAGGAAGUUCUUUGGAAAUAUUUGUGUCCUUGCUUGAUUUCUCUACUCGGGACUCCAAAAUCUGAGAGAAGUGCUAUCAUCCCUAAAUCACUUGAGGAUGUUGGAAGGGGCUCAGGGUGCUCUCUAACAGCCCCUAACCUCCAGGUGUCUACAGCCAAGACUAUCUAUAGUAUUGCAGUACGCCUGGUGGACCUAAUGGGCCCUGUGACAUCACUGCGACCAGUACUGGAGUCUUUGUUCCACCGAAUGUUACUGUACCCACCGCCUCAGCACAGACUGGAUGCACUAAAGGCUGUCAAAGAGUUGCUGAAGACUCCAGAAGGACUGUACAAGUUGGCAUGCCCAAUGUUAGAUUUGGAAUCACAAGACGGAGAUAUGAGAACUGGGACAAAGAAUCCAAAUUCAGAUAUUGCUCUACUAAAAUUAAUUGUGGAUGCUUUACAAGAGAGUUGUCACUGUAAUGACUCAGCAGUGUGUAUCACUAGUGUCACCUGUGUAGACGUGUUACUAGGGGCCCUAGAACAGGUGUGUAAAGGAGUUGGCAUGACAGACAAAGUCUGCAAAUCUAUCUCCAAAUACCAUGCCACAUUGGAGAGAGAAUUUUCUAGGUCAAGCAGUUUGACGAUGUCAGAGGAUGAUGUUCAGGAGUACAGGAGCAGUGUAUCUGAGCCUCUUGAAGAGGCCGGCAAUAGUGAAGAUAGUGACAGUGAUAUGGAAGACAGAAACACUCCCACUGAAGGCAGUACUGAAGUGUUUGUCACAAAUCAUAACACUACAAAUCUGAUUCCACUACAUAAACGAAACACUCAUGCUAACAGAAAGGAAAGUCAGAGUGUCAUCAAAGACGAGCUCCAGCGUCGUUACAAAACACUUGGUAGUGAGUAUGAGAUGGUGGAGCGACAGAAUGCCCGGCUUUUUAUUUCCGAACUUAGCCGAACACUGCCCCAUAUUGUUAAGAUGUAUACAGCAUUUGAAGUGGAUGAAGCUUUGCAGAACUUUUCUUCAAACUUUUGUACAGCUCUGUAUGACCAGCAGUACAAAUCAUCGGAAGAAAAUUCUUCGUCAUGUCAGAUGGCCAUACUAAAUGCUGAUGGGGUAUAUAUGGCUACCAUAACUGCUCUUCUCCUCAACCUCAAGCUUGAUGUCAGUGGGGCCUACAGUACAUCCGAAGAUUAUGAUGUUUCUAUCUUACAGAAGCAGUAUGUGGAUGAGGUACUUGGUACUGGGCUGCUGCUUUUCCUGUCUCCAGCUUGGCUGAGUGAAGUAUACCGACAAGUUACCACAACAAACAUAUUACAGGCUGCUGGCUGUCACAGUGACGGUGACUCACCCUUAUUACAGAUUCUUAAAGAUGUGGAUGGACUUGGAAGCAAUAGUCGUGGUGGCCAGCUCCUAAAUGGUAUGAAUAGUAGUGAUGAAGUGUUAGACUCUGACCUAGACCCACCUGACAACCAGCUCUACGCAGACAUGGGUAAGAAGUUUUCCAAACGUGUGCUCUCCCGUUGCUGGGAUGGAGUGUUAGAUGUACUUUCUGUCCUUCUAAAUGGGAAGAGUUCCUGUGGGAUCACCAGCAGCUUGGGACUGAUGUUGGGUACGGAAGGAGCCAAGGAAGAGAGUAUUCGUGCCCGAGAAGCUAUCUGUAUGAGUCUGGAUGGACUGCAGAAGGCUGCUCGACUGUGUUGUGCUUUAGGUCUCCAGCAGCGCUGUGGCAGAGUGUUCUCCCAGUUGGCAAGUACUUCGUGUGUACUGAUUGACACCCAGAAAUCACCUAGUGUUGAUCCGAAGUCAUCGGUCAAACCUGUAAUGUCUAGUAAAAUCAAGCCUGUACGUCUGCAUGCCUCUCACAUUCUCAGUAUGGACGUUGUAAUGACUAACGGACUUGAGAUGGGCAGCCACUCGGCGGACUGCUGGAAACAUGUCUUCAGGUGCUCAGCAUUUAUAUCAAAGUUGGAGCACACCUACUUCAGCAGUGGAAACAAUCAGUCCAGUCUGCCCAAGGUCCAACAGGAACACUCCGUAGGACCAGAGAUUCCUGAUGAAUGUGACAUGCCAAUCUACACCAUUCCUGUGGCUGCUCCAGUACCUGUCGCACCCCGGAUCAAUAUCCCAGACCUGAUCAGACAAAGCAGUAAGGAGUCUGGUUGGGACCGUUCCUUGACUGGAGGAGGGGUCCUCAAUGCUGCCCAGGCCUCACAGGCCUUGUGUUGUCUGUCACAAGAGGUAGACAGAUUAUUUGAAGAUGCUGCACAGAAGCUCAAUCUAUGUGCAAUAGUGAACUUCUUGUCAGAACUCUGUGAAGCCAGUCAGCAUCAGCUCAACAUGAUGGUCAAACUUCUGGAUGAUGAAGACUCCCUGUCUGACUCACAUCAGCUUCCUACAAAUGCUUUACAUUUGUACAGACUACAGGAGGUGCUGAUGAAGAUUGUACACAGUGACCGUCCCUUGAUCCACCUGAUGAGGACCUGGAGUACUGUGUCUACACAUUUAGUAGAGGCUGCUGGUCACCAUGACAGAAGCGUGUCCAAGAUGGCAGUAACUUGUGUGCAUGACUUUAUCCUGGCAAUGCUGGGUGACCGUCCUGAAUUAGCUCACUUCCACGUAAAUGAGCUGCUGUGUAAGACGUUUGAGAACAUGCUGUGUCUAGAGCUGUGUGAUGGCGAUGUACAGGAUCAGAUUGUGUGUUCCAUUUGUGAGCUGGUGGAGGCCUGCACAGCAGACAUCAAGUCAGGCUGGAGGCCACUGUUCGGGGCUCUGCGGGCUGUAAAGAUUGAGUAUACCACUAAUGAAGAAAUCAAUGAAGCAAGACAGCGCCAUGUGGCAGCUGUUCUUGAUGUAUUUGAGGUGUACCUGGGCACAGACAACAUCCUUGUGUUUGCUAAUGCCACUGUUGACUGCAUCCUAUGUUUACUCAAGUACAUACGAGGCCCAGGAGAGUUUGAGAAUGACAGUGAUGAUGACUCGGACUCAGGGAGUGACUGUGGUAUGUUGUCAACAGACAAUGAGAAUCUGUGUAUCCCAGCCCUCCGCUACCUGAAGCGCUGCUGUGAAAUAUUACAAACCAUGUGGAAGAUGCCAGCUUGUCCAGUCUUCAAUGGGGCUUUUAGAAUCCAUACUGAUUCAUCACAACAGAUAGUGGACCCAAUCCUACCUCAUAUGGACAUGGAGGAGUUUACUAAACAUUUCAACACUCCUAUCCACACAAGUGAUUUCAAUGGUGACACAAGACUCGCUGUGAUAGAGGACCCCACAGGGACAUCCCAGCUGUCCUCACAGAGGUCGCUGGAGGACGAGGAGAGGACAGACACUGGAAGCAUUACAUCAAAUGACUCGGGUAUAACUGUAGUUCCUGGAGAAAAGACGGUUAAUUCUGGUUCUAACCAGGAUACCAAAACUGUCACUAAAGAAAAGACAAAGCCACUGUCGUUGCCGAGUGAUGUGGAGGACACUCUGGAAUCAAUGGACAAUCAGUCAGGCAUUCUCCAUGUAUGGUUCCUAGUAGUCGAUGGUCUGGCUGGAUCUGUAGCUUCUUGUCCCAAGAUCUACCAAUCUGACACACUGGAAAUGCUUUUCUCCAUCCUUAAAUCUGCUGCCAAUAUCCCUGGUCCAACGUUUGCCCUGUACUGUGUGAAUCGCCUAUUGCUGCCAAUGCUGCAGUCGUGGCUACGUGCUGGAGUGAGGAAGUAUGGGUACUGGGACACUGGCGCCACCAACUUUAAGCAAUGUUGUGGACUCUGUACAGACCUUAUUGUAGACUUUACACAGCAGUUCGCGGGAUGUAAAGACAAGACUGGAAAUCUUGUGGAAGUGAUGCUGAAACAACUUUUGGACAUCAUGAUAGAAUGUAUAGCCCAGCCAGUGGAGGUUAUCUCUAGACUGGGCUGUUCUUGUAUCAGACACAUGCUGCUUAGUGCUGGUGAGUCUUUCACUGAAAAUAUGUGGCAGAUUAGUUCCACAGCCAUGCAGCGAGCACUGGAUGUCACUACCUUCCAUCUUCGCCAGCUUAUGAUCCUGUUUGAAGUGAACUCUGAAAAUUUCUAUGGUGACCGAGGUCAGGUGAAGGUGGCCAUGAGAAGAGACAGUUCAUCUACUGAGUGUAAACGACUGCAGCACCUGGCACAUCAGGUAUUCCUACUGGAUAGUCAGGUGUCUGGAGACACUGCUUUGACCAGCGAGGUGGACGAGGACAAAUCAUUUGUGUUCUUGCUGUACCCUCCAGGUCAAGAGAAUAGUCUCAACCCAGAUGAUAUAAUAGCCAGGAUACCAUUCCGUGGUGUGGUGGUUGGUCUUUUGUCACACCAGCUGCUUCUACAGACUGUAGGUAGUGUCCUGUUAAAUCCUGCCCACCAUCCUCAAGCCAGUCCUUCAGAAAGACCUGACCACAAACAACAUUUUCUCUCUCUAGGUAUGGUUCCAAUGAUGUCAACUCGUAAUAUUUUGACACUCUUAAAAUGUCUUUGGUGCUCCAACAAAUUAGCAGGAGAAUUUGAUUCUCGUCCGGGUUUGAAGUUCCUAAUUCAGAAAGUUGCACGCACAGAGGUAGCUGUGAAUCUUUACAAACAAGCUGGUGCCAGUAUGAUCUUCUAUAUGAAUACAUUACUGCAGAUUUGUGCUUGUUUUAAUGAUCUUUCACGACCAGAAACACGGACUUGCUUGACUGGUUCUGACGCAGACAAACUGGACAUUGGUCAGGCAUUGAGUUUACACCAGUCUGACAAGAGUGAAAUGAGAAGUAACAAGGUGAUGUUUAUACAGCUACUUUGGUGUGUGUGUAACGACCUUUGUCAGAUGUAUGUGGACAUGUUGUCCGAUGAAUACAUAGAGAAGGCCGACCAGAUGGCAGAAAGAGAGCUUUUCUUUUUGAUAGCUCAGCCUGACAGCAUCACUGAUAUUGUGCACAGCAAAGACCGUCAUAAAUCAGGUUCUGAUACAGAAGCUGUCAUUCAACUCCAGGGUGUCAUGGCAACUGAAGCAGUUGCUCUCCAAGAAGAAACAUGUGAGUCUCCACAACAUGAAAUGAAAGGCACAGUGGGUAAAAGUAAGCGAGAGUUGAGAGAGGAGCACGACAGCCGAGUGUACACCCUAGCUACAGAUACACUCAUCAAGACUCUCAUGACAGAAUACAAAAAACGUAAACAGCAUCAUGCAAUGCCAGCAUUUGUCAAACUAACCAAACAAAAAAAGAGCAAUACUCCACAACAAAAGAAGGAAGUUGUUGAUGAUGUGAUUGAGAAACAACAGAAAACAUCUUUAAUGAAGGACAGUGAGGCACGAGCCCAGUCACUGACAGAGCUCCUAUGUACAAUACUGGGUCUAUUCCAACAGUUGUCAGACCAAAAGUUUGAAGCUCUUCUCCCAGCGAUCUACAACUGUGCCAACCAGCUGGUGUGUCAUGCUCAGGACCCCCGCCUUAAGGAGGCACUCGGACAGUGGACACAUCGGAUUGGAGCCAUCCUUCAACUCAUGCCUUCAUCUCCAUAGAUAAUGUGAUUGUAAUUAAACAUUUACAAAUGAUAACCAAAGUGUCACCCAGCCCCUGUCUCCAUAGUAACUGUGAUUGUUAUUUCUACUUAUGAAUAUGUUCAUAAUAGAGGUCAAGUGGUUUCCUUAUACUGUAGAAACUAGUUGACUGGAUUUAGUGUCCAUUAAGAAUCAGGUAUCAUAGUUACCACUCCAAUUACUAAUAACUUAAGCCAAGUAUCCAUGAUAUUGUUUAUGUUAAAUUUGUCAAACAAGUCGAUUAGAGAAUGACAAUUAAUGGUAAAACUGUGGUAAGAGAUCUUACAGUUAUGUAGAGAGGUCAGAAAUCUCCUAAUGUUGGAAAUUAUGUAUUUGUUGGUACCUCAAACUACAACUUGUCAUGUCAGACAUACAUACCUGUGCAUACACUGCUGUCAGGAUCAUACAUGCAUGUUCAAACACUGCUAGUUAAAGAUGAAGUUGUAUGACAUGUUAUUCAAGGUACUUUGUGACUGGCAGGAUCAAUUUCAAAGCAGAUGACUAAAUAUAUCUUAGUUCUGUCAGUACUAAUAAAAAUUAACAGUACAUGUAUCUAUAAAUACCAUGUUUACUUUGAAACGGAUGGUUAGUCCUAUGAAUUAUAUAAGCACAAUUAUAACUCUUCAAAUACUUACUGCAUGAAAUAUGAGAUAUAAUGAAAUUUUGGUUAAGGACCAUGGUUUCUUAAGAAAUGAGUUGACCUCCUCCUUGAAUUAGCUUGACCCCAAAGAGUCAGAUCACAUCUGUAAAUCAGAGAGUCACAAAUUUAUAUGGUAAAGUAACUUUAAGUUAUUAUUAUGUGAUAAUAAUAUAUUUGCAUUAUUGAAUGAUAAAAUGUGAAGGACAGAGGUGAAUGAAAAUGAUACAUUUCCUAAAGAUUGUUUGCUGGGUUAUUGCUCCAUAAACAGGCAGGGGUCACUUUGAGGUGAAGUUUCUCUGUAGUUGCUGGUGGCUACCUCAUUGAACAACAUACAGAAGGCCCAUUAGAUUAAAGUGUCUAUACCAAGAACACAAUCAUGACAACACAAGACUUGUCCAUUUCUCAGCUUCCUGUGAAACACUAACCACCACAGGUAGGGAAUUUCAUAUCACACUCCUUUUUCUGAAGAUAAAUCAAACUUUGUAUCAUAAGUAUAAAUGUGUGUUCUGAUUUCUUUGAGGCAUGAAAUCAUUUAAAACAACAAUUAGUGAAAAUCAAAUUAUUGUGUUUCAGUUGCAAGUAACUGGCAAGUGUAUAUAUAAAACAAAUGAUGUGUGUGUUUUUCAUCUGUAUUAUUUUUUUCAUUUUUUCCCCUGUCCAAAACCUAGUGUGUGCAGUGUGCCAUUAAAUGAUGAAACGCGGAUGUAGUAUUAGUAUCUGAUAGAAUUGGGUUUUUCUAGAUAAAUGAAUUAUUGGAUGUCAGUUUGAUUUCAAUUAAGGCAAGUUCCUGAUACCAGUAUUUUAACCCAAUUGAGAUUGAUCUAUUUUAAUUAUACAUCUUCUACAAACAACACUAUAAGUUACUAUUAACCUUUGUAAACUAUAUUCGUGUCAUUCCCAUUUAAACCUUGUCAUUCCCAUGUAAACCUUGUCAUUCCCAUUUAAACCUUGUCAUUCACUGAUAUUACAAUUUUAGUCGGUGUGAUGAUGAUACUAAUUGCAAUAGGUCCUGCUUUAUUGUGACGUGACAAUGCUCUUGCCAGCCGUCCCACAUUCCAUUUCUGGAUUUACUCCAUUUUACAAGAUAAGGUUUUUUGCUCAGUAUAAUCGAAUUCCAAAUUUACAUUGCCCAAAAUGUUGUUAUUGAUAUGAAUAUAAAAAAUCAAGUAUUUUUUUAAUGUAAUUGAUAUUUAUGUUAUUGCAAGAUGGCUUUCUGUCAAAUCUUUUAGGAAACAAAAGCAGGUUUCAUUGGAUUUGCUGUUAAGUCACAAUUGUAGCAACUGUAAUUACAUUAAGAAAACACUGUAUUGUUUAAGUUUAGCUUCUUGUCAUAUGGUCAUCCCAAUGUUGUUGCCAAAUUUGUUGUAUAUCCACUAAUUUUAUAAGUGAUAAUGAUACAGUAUGUAUUAUGCUGUUACCUGUUAUGUUCAGUUGUUAUACAGAAUCAUUAUUGAUGGGGUAAAAAUGGUUACAAAUGUUCAUUAUAUUCUUUAUUAUAGUAGUUCAGUAUGGUGUCAGUCGUUUAGUGGGUAAAUAAGUAUUAACUCUGUAGUCUUUUUACUUAGUUAGGAAACAACAUUACUUUAAUAUUUGUGGAACUCAAUUUUCGUGGUUUUUCAAGGAUAAAAAAAAUCUUCUUCAUGGACACUUGAUUUUUUAGAUAAGUAUUGCUUAAAAGGUAAUUAGUUAAGAGUUCAUGGAAAUAUGAAUUUGUAGAUUAUAAAUACCCAUGAAAUCAAUGAAAUAAAUUGCCCACAAAUAUUUAUGAUUUCGCAGUAUUCUGCAUUGUUCAAAUUCAUGACAAUACUUCUGUCAAAUUAACACAUGCCAAUUCAUGUGGUGCUAAUGUUUGAUAUCUGUUGUGUCUGACAGUGACAGACCUCUGGGGUUGUCCCAGUUUAGUAGUGCAAUAAGAAAUUGUGAUUCAGUGUAUUCUCCGUAACUUUUAGACUGUGGAGAAUAUUAUUAUCAUUCCUCUAUUUGUCUCUGUUUCCAGAUGUUAUAGCUCUCCUGAUUGUGACACUCUUGUUUGAUAAACAAACCUAACUGAUAAAAUCUUAAUUCAUAGAUCAUAUUGUCAGAGUGAUGAACCUGCGUAAACAGAAUUUUUGUCAUCGCUGUCUUUACCAUCUGUAAACGAAAUCAUCUUUAUCCAGUGUCUUCUGGUUCUCUUUUUAGCUCUACUGGCCAAAAUCGUUACAUUCUGAACAUUCUUUCUUGAGAAGGUGUUUUUUUUAAAGAAACAACAGGUAUGAUUUAGAUUUUACUGUAAGUAGGACCAUUGUUUCAUAUGAGGUAUUUUCAUAUAUAUGUAACUGGUAUAUACUGUACCAGUAAUCCUUUGAUCAUUAUGGUAAGGAAAUGGUUGUCUCUGUAGUAUAACAUCAUGUGGUUGUGACUACCUCUUCUGUGCUGUUGAUAACCACCCCAACCCAGACUUACUUAGCUCAAAGUGGGCAUGAUCACAAUCUGUUGAUUUACAAAUGUGGUUACCAAUAUAUGUUGUUUUUUAAGCUGAUGUUUUUUAGAUAAAUAUAUUAUUUAUUUGAUCUGUUUUGCCUUUGUUGAUUAUAUAAGUUUAAUUUUGUGUUUAAUAUAGAUCUGUGUAUUUUAUUUAAUAUUUCCAUGGAGAUUCGAAAAGUUAUAAUUUUAUUUAUUAAUGCCAUUAUGUAAUUUGUUUAAAUGUUAUAAAUUAUACUCCACACAAAUAUGUUACAAAGUUAGCUGUUUCAUACAAAUAUGUUACAAAGCUAGCUGUUCAUACAAAUAUGUUACAAAGCUUACAGUUCAUACAAAUAUGUUACAAAGCUAGCUGUUCAUACA